UGAAUCACACAAUCAAACACCAUUUUUAUACAAUUUUUUGCAUCAUUUGAAUUUUACAGUUCUCUUGACAAUUCUGGGUGGGUUAAAUGCAUUUGAUUGCAGAUCAUUUGAGUUAGUUUUAAUCGGGAGUUUGAAGCGUUACUGUGCCAGUGUUUCUGCUGUAUUUCAAGUGUUUUAGACAUUUCUUAUUUUUCUCAAUAAUAUUUUAGUGUAUUUUGUGUAAAGAUGCAGCGCAGCAAAGAAUCCGGCGGACCAUCGCGUGAUAAUACAAUGCACUUCGCCGUGAAGAGGCGCAUGGAGUUGCUCAGGAAUGAAGUGGAGACGCUCCCUAGGACCAGCAGCUUCGCUCCGCUUGGCUAUAGCGAUCGCUUCAUCCCGAGGAGGACCAGCGAAAGGACAAUAUCACUGGAGGAGGAAGAGAGGUGCGAUGUCCUGAUGGCCUCCGAUAAUAUGUCCUGGAAGCGCUUCAAGUACGCCGCGGCCUUGGAGACUGUACUCAAUGUGCAGCCGAAGAAGAGGAUAUGUCAGUGGUCAGAGAGCAGAAUUCUCUCCUUGGCCGAUGAGCUGCAGAGGCACUGCGCUGCGUCUACUAAUAACUUUUACUGGUCGCCCAAAUUUAACUACAAUCUCACGCCGAAUUGGUACAAAUCCCUCGACUGGGCUUGCAUUCCGCGCUCUCGGUCCAUCGCCUUCGUGGAUACUGUUCACAGCCUGCCUGGCUUCUUCUGUGCUGGUCACAAGAAGCUGAUCGAGUGGACGACGAACAACAGAAUCGUGGCCUUUGUGGGCUCAGAAAUGGCGUUCUGGACGCCUGGCUCGCCCAACUUGAUGGUCUAUUCCGUGGAUUACAUCACAACGCUGGCCUUUGAUCAGACUGGUAAAGUCAUGGCGGCUGGCGGAAAGUACGACGGACGAAUUUUACUGGAACUCUGGCAGACCGAAGACAGCAACAUCCGCAUGACAGCUGCAAUUAACAUGAGUGAAAAUUCGACAAUUCGGAGCCUCGCGUGGAGCUUCAACGGAGAGUAUAUAUUAUGUGGCCAAAAAUCCGGAACUCUCUCCAUUCAUCGCGCUGUAAAUCUGGGCACACCAAACAGCGGCGAUUACCAGAGCUUCAAGGAUAUUCACAGUGCGGGAAUUUGCGACAUCAAAUUCUCGGCUGAUUACAGGCGCUUCAGUUGCGUGGACGUGUCUGGAUGUCUGUCGGUGUGGAGUUGGGCCAACAAGGAGCCGCUGUUCACGCUGCAGAAUCCCUCGAAAUCCGCCGUGUUCAUGGACUGGCAUCCGUGGUGCUCCACGGAGUUGGUUAUAGCGUCGCGAUCGCCCGCGUCCAUCGGCGUCGUGAACACGGUUGAGCAGCGUAUCAUUGGCUGGUACAAACGCAUUGACGACAAGUGCCAAAUCAACGCCAUCAGCUUCAACAAAUUAUCGGCAGAAUUGACCGUCGCCUGCCAACGCUUCGACGGAAAUAACACUGCAGAGACGGUAAUCAUUGUGCUGGCGUCAUUGGAGCACGUUGCGGAUGUGCUGAAGAAGAACAGAAUGGGCCAAAUCUGCCAUCUGUUGUGGAGUCCAGACGGAAAGACUCUCUCCUCGGUGGACACUCGGGGAAACUUCACCCUCUGGGAUUUCUUCGGCAAGUCCGAGAUUGCUGUCAACAAGUUGAGCCAGAACAAGCCGAAUCCACCAAAGAAGCCGGGAAAUACUGGUCAACCCGGAUGUUUCUCCUUGAGUACAAUUAGAUAGCUCUCUCUCUCUCCCAAUAGAUUGCUCUUUGUGCCAUGUCUAAACGCCCACCCACCAAAAAAUCCACAAUUUAUUCAAUGGCGUGAUGCUUUCUCGCCUCGCCGCCAAAAGUCACUUUAUCCAUUAUAAUAAUGUUCAUCUUGGGAUGUAAAAAUAUAAAUUAUUAAUGAUUAUCGCAA